AUGAGCAACGUUGCCUUCCGCGAUUCGACUAUUGCCAUUAUCGAGACCAGCACGACUCUCAUACGUGCAGGUCUCGGAAUCCAUGACUUGAUUCGAACCCCCUCCAUCGAAAUACAAGCACGGGUGGGUAUCCGAUCAGAGCUCGUUAACAAAAAUGGCAUAGAUUUACAACCGUCUGCGUCGACGAGUCGCGCGCCAUCCACGCUUCCAGCGCCUUCUACCGCCAAAGUAACGGAUUACCUCGUUGGUCGACAGCUCGACGAUGCACUCGCGGCCGGACAAGAUCUUGUCAUAUCCUGGCCUUUCAAAGACGGUGUAGUCUCCGACUGGAUCCAGGCAGAAGCACUCUGGAAAUACACCCUUUUCACGGGUCUUGGACUGCGUCGCGUCCAAAAUGAAUCCCCAGUCCUCCUCUCCCUCUUCCCAGGCAUUCCCCGCUCAUCCCACGAACUCGUCUGUCAAAUAUUCUUCGAACGCUUCAAUGUCGCCGCCUUCUCCAUCCUCGACCGACCCGUCUCCCAACUCUACGCCGCCAAUGCCAUCACCGGCCUCGUCGUCGACAUCAAUGACCACGAGACCGUCAUCACUCCCAUCUCGGACGGUUUCCCUAUACAUACCGCACGGACACACGUUUUGGUGGGCGUGAAGGACUGUGAAAGGUUCUUGGCGCAGUUGCUGAGGAGCAAUACGAGUGUGAUCAAGGAGUUGAAGGAAGUCGUUGGGGCGGAGGAUUUAGGAGAGGUGUUGGUGGAGCUUGCGAGGCAGGUAUGGAAGGCUGGGUUGGUCAAAGUUCCAUCUGGUGCCGGCGCCGCGCGCGAGAUUGAGGACGAGGGGGUGACGGAUAUCGCGGCUGUCAUCGUCGCCGGCAAGGAAAAGGCCGUCAUCGAGUCAGGCAUGAAGAAACGUGCGAACGCUAAGGCUAGCGCUGCUGAACAGGCCCGCGCGAGGGAGAUCGAGGCGAUGGAUUUGGUGACUAUCGAGUUUAGGGGAAAGGAGGUCACGCUUGGAAAGGAGAGACAUCGGUUCUGCGAGCCUUUGUUUGAUGUCGGUCUGUUGAAUGCCGUUCAUGGGUUGAUGGAGGAGAAAAAAAGUCGCGUGGAGAAGGGCCAUGCAUUGGUUGUUCCGUUGCAAGACGCGGCAGGGCAUGCGGUCGAACUGACGGAGUUCGAUCAGAGGCAGUAUAUAUGGCAGGGCUUGCUCGUUACUGGCGAUAUUACUGGCUAUGUCAAGGGUAUCGCUCCCGCCUUGCAGUCACGUCUGUCACCAUUUAUCCUGGGCAACCCGGACAUGCACAUGCAAAACGACGUUCAGCCGAAGGUCAUUCGCCUCGUCAAAGUCCCAGAGUACUUCGCCAACUUUCGCGAGCUGGGCGACGGCCUCGCCGCGUUCUUGGGGUCUACGAUCGUUGCAAAGAUCAUCUUCCAUGAUCUGAACAGCAAAAACUUUGUUUCCAAGAUGGACUACUCAGAGCGAGGGCCAAAAAUUGUACUCGAAAUGUCGCCUAGUUUGUUGUGA